GGAGGGAAGUGUUUUUGUUUGUCAUUAACACACAUUAAUUUUGUACUUUUCUUGGAGUCUGUGGUGGUGACCGGAGGACCUCGAAGGCAUCGCCGCCUGGAGCUGUAACAACAGCGAAGUCGUACUUUUCUUAUCUCUGACUCCCAGCCCAGUGGGCCACAGCAUGACAGUUUAGACCGAGCUGCUCCUGAGACCAGACUCCACUGAGCCCACUUCAAGAAAAUCUGGACUUUGUUUGGCUGAGAACGUAGGAGAGAAGCAGGAUCCAGUGGUCUCCGCUCCACGUCACAUCAGUUCUCAGACUUUUCAGAGAAGUUCUUAUCCCUCAGCUACGAUGGACUCUGACGCCGGCUCCACCUGCAGCCGCUCGUCUUCCCCAGACCUGGUGGUGGACGACUCACCUGGAAGCUUCUUCUCCAACAAGAUGUUCCAGACGUUCUGCCAAGAAAGCAGAGGGAGCGGCGGCGACAGCCACGGGAGAACAGAGCGCUGCAUCGGUGGAGGAGAGACCAAGAGCAAGCCUGACCUCACCAAGGCCGAGGUGCAGGACAUGAGGCUGAAGGUCAACAGCCGGGAGAGAAAACGGAUGCACGAUCUCAAUCAGGCCAUGGACGGCCUGCGGGAGGUCAUGCCGUACGCUCACGGCCCGUCAGUUCGCAAGUUGUCCAAAAUCUCCACCCUGCUGCUGGCCCGCAACUACAUCCUGAUGCUGUCCAGCUCUCUGGAGGAGAUGAAGAAGCUGGUGGGAGAUGUUUACGGAGGCGGUGCUGCCAUCCAGAGCCGCAACGCUUCCCAUUCCUCUGCACAUGCCCCCACCGCCUCCCUGCCCCUCCACCCUCUGGCCCAGUCACUGCACUCUCUGGUGGGCAGCACCACGUCAACCCUGCAGCACCAUCACUCACCUUCUCCAGCUGUGGCUCCGGCUCCACACUCCCCUCCUACUGCCAACUUCUUGGGCUUCCACGCUCCGGUUCAGGGCCUUCUGAAGGAGCCGCUCCACCUGACCAGCAGCUACAGGCACUUCCCUGGGAUGCCCUGCCCCUGCUCACUCUGCCAGCCCCUGCCUACAACUACCUCCACGUUGCACAGCCUGGCUAUGAACAAGUGAAGAAAGGCGCCCCCUGCUGUUGUGUCACCGUACAGUAAUGACCCGGAGAUGAUUGUCUGACAAAGUACUACAGUACUGGCUGGUACCACAACUUGUACAUAUUGUAUAUAUGCCGUCCCAUGAUGCCUGCUGCUCUGUCUCCUUGACUUUGUUUAUAGAGAACUGUUCUGAAUGGAUCUGCUUUAGAACAACAGCUGUUAUUUAUCUGAUGUUUGUGGAAAUGAGAAAUGUCAGCAAACAGAGCCGGUUUACCCUGGUGUGCAGAAUUUAUAUUUUGGUAAAUUAAAUCAUUUUUAUAAUAAUAAUAACUCUCGUCUGCCUUUUUAUUCCAUCAUUUUGACCAAGGAAAUAUUUCUGCUGUGU